AUGAUCGAAGCUAGGCCCAACCACUCCGGCCAGGAAUUCAAGAGCUUGCUCAGAGGGAGUGAGAAGUUCCAGCCAGCGGCCAACGCUACUUGCGGCUACGCACAACGGAGUGCUCGAAAUGCAGCGACCGGUUGGUCACGAUCCCGGACCCAUUGCACGGGAGAGAAAAAGCAAGGGGCCGGCUGGGUGGGCGCGAACACUCCAAAUAAAGUGGACUACACGGUAAUCGGGAGUGACGAGUGGAAGGAGAGAUCGCAAAUCCCGAAAAAGAUCGCGGAUGCGAUGGUGCUGGCAGCGACAAUCGACGCUGUCGGCUACCGGAUGGCAAUCCCAGCACUUAAGGGCGGGUUGGAAGUUAUCCGGGGCUACUGUGGCCAAUUGGCGAACGGGAUCAAAGAGGAACCUUUGAUAAUGUACAUCAUAAGCGGACAGCUC